AUGGUGGGCGCUUCAUGUAAACGUCAUGAUGAAUUGCAAGCUGCUCAGGCAACACAUAUUGCACAUAUGAUAGCCAUUGAUGAACUUGAAAGUAGAAAAGGAGCUAACCAAAUUGGCACUAUCAAACGAGCUGGUGAUUCUCGUUGGGAAGAUUAUUAUCCUCUUGAUUUUUCUGAGAAUGAGAAAAUCAAUUUAAGGUUUCAAUUGAAGCAUUUUGAAGUUAAUGUGUUUAGCAAUCCAAUGUUUCAAGAUUUGAGAUCCAUUGCAGAUUUAUGUCAAAGAUUGGUAGAGACAGAGAAAUCAAAGACAUACUAUCUUAUUGAUAGAUUGGACUUCCAUGAGCAAGUGAAGUUGGCCAUCUAUAAGAGUAAUGCCAAGUACAAGGUUCAUAAGAGUAAUGCCAAGUACAAGGUUCAGGCUAACAAAGUACAAGAAUAUAAUAAGCUUAAGGAGAGGAAGAUUGGACCCUGUGAGGUUCUUCAGAAGAUCAAUGACAACGCAUACAGGGUGUGCCUCUCAAGCCAUUUGAAGACCUCUGAUGUAUUCAAUAUGAAACAUUUGAGUCCUUAUUUUGUGGAUCCCGAUAAAGCUACUGAGGACUAG